AUUCGAACUGAUUUAUCGAUUUAGUUAUUUAGUAUUUUGGUUUUUCGAUUUUGUUUACUUGUAGGAAAAAGGUGCACCUGAAUUCCUUCUGUUUAGAGUACUUAUUUUCUUUUACUGCAAUCUGAUACUGCCAAAAUGAAGGGCGUAGUAGCAACUCGCGAGAUCGAUCCAUCCUACAGGUUGCCUGUGCGCGGCCUCUUUCCUCUUCCGCCGAUAACGGCAUCUGUUUUCGGACAGGAACUUCUUCCCGCUAUGGUCAUUCCCAACAUCGGAGGAUGGGUAGGAGGCCUGUUAACGCGCACCGAAGUGGAAGGAGCGUUCAGUUGGUAUGAGCGUUUGAAGAAGCCGUCUUGGAGACCCCCGAACUGGGCUUUCGGUCCAGUGUGGACGACAUUGUACUGCGGCAUGGGAGCGGCGUCCUGGAUGGUGUGGCGUCAGGGUGGUGGGCUGAAUGGUGUGGCUAAAGUCCCCUUACUGCUGUAUGGCUCAUCGCUGGCGCUGAACUGGGCUUGGUCGCCCGUCUUCUUCAAACUCCACCAAACAGGCUGGGGUUUGGGCAUAAUCUCGGCGUUGUGGCUGAACGUGGCGGCCUGCAUCGGCGCCUUCUAUCCCAUCAACAAAGUGGCUUCCUACCUGAUGGUCCCCUAUCUGGCCUGGCUUAGUUUGGCCACCGCUCUGAACUUCUGCAUCUGGCGCGACAACCCAAAGGCUGACAAGAUGUAAAGUUGUCAGCACGCACGUUCAACAGUUACGCACUCCACGGAAAUCGAUGCAUUUGUGUGUCAGUGUAGUUCUUACCGCAGCGCUGAUGUUUUUUAGUUAUCUUCUCGAAUUUUCGGUUUCUUAGCCUGAAAUAUCACGUUAUGGCAUCCGUUAGGUGAAUUGUGUUUUCAUCGACGUACUUUUCUCUGUUAUUCACUUUGCUCGACAUUGCCAAAAGUGUUAGAAUUCAUUAUACGUCGGUUUCCUAAUUUUUUUUCAUUUGGGUUUCGUUAUCAACAAAGCACGGGUGUUCG